AUGGAGGAGGAGGAGGAGCUGAACUUUGACCUCCCUGAACAUAUAAUUCUGCAGAUUCUGUGUAGGUUGCCAGUCAAGUCUUUGAUUCGAUUCAGUUGUGUAUCGAAAAGGUGGCGUAGUAUCAUAAUUUCUGACCCACAAUUUAGAAAAGCCCACCUCAAACUAGCAUCUGAGCAGCGAAGCAUUACUAAGAGACUCAUUCUCUCCGUAUCCCCUUCUGUUUCCAUUAGAGAUCAUCAAUCACAAACCAGAGUUGAUCAACCCCUUCGAAUUCAAUCCUUAGAAAGUUUAUUUGGAGAUAAUUCUUCGGUCACAAAUCUCACCUUCCCAUCCGAGGAGCAUUGCAGAAUUAAUAUACUGGGUUCGUGCAACGGGUUGGUAGUUCUAGGUAAUUCUUACAAAGAAUGGUCCAUUUGGAACCCAUCAACUAGGUUCUUCCGCAAAAUUCCUGCUCCAGACUUUUCAUCAGUAACGAAAAAGUCUAGAAUAUUUGAACCAGAUUCGUAUGGUUUUGGUUAUGUCUCAUCCACUGAUGACUACAAACUUGUUUUUGUAGUCCACAUUGGUGGUUCUCAUUACGCUGUUUCUGCACCGGAUGUUAAGAUCUUCAUAUUCUCAGUGAGAGCUAACUGUUGGAAAAUUAGUGAAGUUUCUCGCUGGCCAUUCCUCAAGUACAAACCGACUAGUGACUGUGGAACUCUUUCAAAUGAAGCGAUCCAUUGGGUUAACCAAUACUAUGUCUAUCUACAAGACUACAUUGAAGCAAUUGAUGUCUGUGCUUUUGAUUUGGAAAAUGAGGAGUUCCGUAAAGUGCCUAUUCCUUGUUUUAAGCAAGAUGAUGAUCGAAAUUGCGAUAGAAGAAUGCGGACUGUUGUUCAUUCAGGAGGAUGCCUUUGCGUUUCGUCUCAGACUAUUCAUGAUAGGAGUGGGGAUAUUGAAUUGUGGAUGAUGAGAGAUUACGGGGUGUCCAAUUCAUGGGCGAAACUCUACAAAUUUAGCAAGUAUGAUUUACCGGUUCCGCUUACAGGAUAUUAUGGUUGGGAUCUAAGUUUGGUUACAGAAAGUAGUGGUUCAAUUGUGAUCAAUUUUGAGAACAAGGAGUUGCUCAGGAUUGAAUGCCAUAAAGAAGAGAAGCCGGUCUGUGUCGGCCGUUAUAGGCUUGAGGAGGUGUCUGAGUGUAACUUUUUUAACGCGACUGUAUAUGAUGAAACUCUAAUUUCAGCACCAGAAUGA